AUGGCUGAAAUUCAGUCCCUAACGGUCCUUAUCAGACGCUUGGAAGCGGCUACUUCCCGCCUCGAAGAUCUGGCCACCUCUGGCACUUCUGCUGCUGCCGUUGCGGGUAGCCUUGGGCGUGACUCAAAUGGGAAUCAACCUACCGAGCCUUCUAAUAUACUUCCUGGUAAUGGCACGGCUGCCGAAACAAAAUUUUCCGUCUCUCUUGACGCUUAUGAUGAAUUAAUCAAGGGUCCUUUAAAUAAUUUUAUUGAGCUUUCUAAAAGUAUUGGUGGCAUUGUACAAGAUCAGGGUCAUUCAGUUGAAGAUAUUUUUAAAGCCCAGCGCGACUUCAUAUACAUUUCUACACAGAGUACAAAGCCAAAAACUCCCGAAACAUUGGUUGAAUUAUUAAGACCAACUCAACAAGCUGUUGAAAAAGUUUGCGCAUAUACAGAAAAUAACCGUAUUUCACCAUUCUUUAAUCACUUAAUAACUGUGAGUGAAGGUAUUGGUGUGUUUUUUUGGGUCACAUUGGAAGAAACCGCUGAAAUGGAGGAAAAAUUGUUGUCCACGGUUAAAGGGUAUAUAGAAAGUUCUCAAUACUAUGCUAAUCGUGUAAUUAUGGAGUUCAAAGACAAGGAUCGUUCUCAUGUUGAGUGGGCCAACAGCUAUAUUCUUCUUCUGACAGGAAUUCAUCAGUAUAUUACCAAAUUUCAUACCCAUGGACUCGUCUGGAAUCCAAAGGGUGCCAAACCAGAGACAUUCAUAGGCAGAAAACCUGUUGGGUCUAAAUCAACGUCUGCAUCAACACCAUCAAGUGUUUCUGGUCCAACCGAUAUGAGUGCUGUAUUUAAAGACAUUAAUCGUGGAGAGGAUAUCACAUCCAGCUUGAAGAAAGUUGAUAGAAGUCAAAUGACCCACAAAAAUCCUAACUUACGGGCUGGUAGUACUGUGUCUUUUACUAGUGCCCAAAAAAAGGGUCCUACUGCUCCCCCAAAGCCUGCAUCAUUAUCUCUUAAAAAACCUCCUAAAAAGGAAUUUGAUAAUAAUAAAUGGAUUAUCGAAAAUUAUGAAAACGACAAUAAUAUUGUGAUUGAGGAAACUGCAAUAAAUCAUACAAUCUAUAUAUUUGGAUGCAAGAACUCGACAAUAAAUUCAUGCCAAAGAACUGACCUUCUUGUAGAUACUGCAGUUGCAACAGUUGAUAUAGUGAAUUGUAAAUCUUUUCAACUUCAGAUUCAGGGCAAAGUACCAGUAAUUGCUGUAGACAAGACCGAUAGCGGCCAAAUCUAUUUAUCUGAGGAAUGUCUCAAUGUUGAAGUUUUUACUGCAAAAAGUUCCUCUAUUAAUAUUCAAAUGCCGACCUAUGAUGGAGAAUUCGAAGAAAAACCCAUUCCAGAGCAGUUGAAGAGUACUAUAGUUGAUAGAAAGCUUGUUUUUACCCCUGUUGAACAUGCAGGAUAA